UUAACCAAGUUUUUUUCAUGUAUAUAGAGGGUUAUAUGCGUAGACGUCAGUCCAAAUCACGCAGUGCAUGUGACUUGCUUACGGUUGAGCUGAUUAACCUAAUUUUCCUCUAAUCAAUAUAAUAAGUCAGGUUUAAAUUACAUUACAGUGCUCAGAACACCAUUCAUUUUACUGACUUGCCACCCAACGGAUGGUACCUACCGCUGGCUAUAUCAAUCCAUUCAUUGUAAUUAUGAGGGCAACAAAGACCCAUUACUGAACAAUUAUCAAAUCCAUGAAAUAAUAUAAAUUGAAUAACAAUAUUGUUGGAAUUGCCCACUCUUACUAGUUUUUUUACACAAAAAAGCAAGUAUCAAAACUGUUCUUCACUUCUCCGCCUCCUCGUUGCUGAUUCAUUCCGAUGGCUGUUGCUGCAUCUAGUGUCAUUGCUUUGAACUCUGUUUCUAUAUUCGGUGAUUCUAGUGACCGAAAAUUUCUUCCGACUCGGCAAUGGUCUCCAAUUUCCUGUCGAAUCGGAUCGGUUCAUACUAAGCCUUGUAUCGGACUUCAGUGCAGAUCGAGGAGAUCGUUUACUUCCUCCAGUGUAAGAGCCAAGCGUGUUGAACAAGCUAGCUCUGAAGCAGCUCAAGAAGUGGAAGCUCCAGUGGCCAUAGUUACAGGAGCUUCUAGAGGAAUCGGUAAGGCAGUUGCCUUGGCCUUAGGAAAAGCCGGUUGCAAGGUCCUAGUAAAUUACGUUAGGUCGUCAAAGGAGGCUGAGGCAGUUUCAAAAGAGAUUGAGUCAUACGGUGGUCAGGCUGUUACUUUUGGCGGAGAUGUUCUAAAAGAAGCUAAUGUGGAUGCAAUGAUAAAAACCGCACUAGAUGCAUGGGGAACUGUUGAUAUAUUGGUAAACAAUGCAGGAAUUACUCGGGAUACUUUGUUGAUGAGAAUGACGAAAUUACAAUGGCAGGAGGUUAUUGAUGUGAAUCUUACAGGAGCUUUUCUUUGUACGCAGGCAGCAGCCAAAGUCAUGAUGAAGAAGAGAAAGGGAAAAAUAAUAAACAUAUCAUCAGUGGCUGGUCUGGUUGGGAAUCUGGGGCAAGCUAACUACAGUGCUGCUAAAGCGGGAGUGAUUGGGUUGACAAAGACUGUUGCAAGGGAAUAUGCGAGCCGAAACAUUAAUGUCAAUGCUGUUGCCCCUGGAUUCAUUGCAACUGAUAUGACUUCCAAGCUUGGUGGAGAUAUUGAGAAGAGAAUCUUAACAACAAUCCCCUUUGGAAGGUAUGGUCAACCGGCAGAAGUAGCUGGACUGGUGGAAUUUUUGGCCCUGAACCCGGCUUCUAAUUACAUCACAGGACAGGUGUUCACCAUUGAUGGAGGCAUGGUCAUGUAGAUAAGCUUUCAGCCGGUUCUUAAGCAGCUGCAGUUUGGAUCUCUAAUUAAUGUAUACCUUGUUUAGUGGAUGCUGUUGUUCGAUAGUAUUUUCUUUUUAAAUAUAAUAAACAAGAAUUCCGGAAUUUAGCUUUACAA